CAGCGAUGAAGGCAGGAAGGUUUGGCCAAACAGUUUCAAGUUGUAAAAAACAGUAGUGUCGGAUGCAUAACACUAGCUAGACUCCAUUACAGAGUCGCUCACAGGUCUCUUGCUUAGAACCGUAUGAACAUGUCACAUCACACAGCUCUAGAUGAGCAAGACGAUAUGCAGAGGAACACUACUACUGCCAAAAAUAAGACACAAACUAUCCUGGAAGACAGGACUAGCACAUUUUCGAGUAUGGGGCGCUAUACUCAGAGAGGCGAUCACACGGCAGAGAAUAACAGCAUGAAUGCAUAUCCCGACAGGCCUUCAGUUCAAGGGAGUACCUCAUCUUAUACGUCAGAUACUAGAGCUCAGAAUAUAGACAGAUAUGCACUGAAUGAAGCGCCUGCCACACUCGGAAGUGGGCCUGGAUACUCUAGUUCAAUGAAAAAACGGCCGUGGGACGCAUCUGAGCAGUUCAGUAGCACUGAGCAAGAGCCUUCAAAACGGGUAAAACUCUUGAUAACACAGAGAAACGAGGUGGCGCCAUUAGCGCAGAGAGAUCUUAGCCAAGCGGAUCAAGAAUACCAUGUAGUAGAUGGUAGUAAGACGACUAGUAAAGUUAUCUCUCUUGGUGAGAAUUCAGUGCCAAACGAAGCUCGUAGCAAUAUAGUGUCAAAUGAACCGAGUACGAAUGUACCUCAGAACACCGACAGUAUCAAUGAGCACUCGCCAGGGUCCGGAGAGAGCUACAGAAGGUCACGGGACACACGCGAUAACUCUUAUGCCGCCAGCACGGAUACACACACCAGCGUAGCGACGCCAGUUAUUUACGUCGAAGGCGACGAGGAUGAAAGUGAUGACGAAAUUGAGCGUAUUAACGAAAAGACGUCUCAUAAGAGUUAUAGGCAAGCACAUGCGAUAACAAGGGGACUCUCAACUUACAUUGAUGCUGACUUGCACGCAGAUUUUAUUGAUGAGGGAAAUGCUGCAUCUACGUCUGAGGAGGAAGAAGAAGUGGUGAAGGUCGCUACACCGCCUCCAACACCGCCUACACCACCAACUGUGAUCAACUCCGCUAACAUGACAAUGAAAGAAUAUCUGGAAGCGGUCAGGGGCAGAAAUCGCGCGGCAAUAUUGCUGGAAAGAUUGGACGAUGAUAGGAGGAGGGAGAUGAACCACCACACCGGCGACAUUCGUGAAGAAUUACCGAGAAAUAGACAUCCCAAACGCACCGCUGAUGCUCUCUCCAGAUUGGCCGACCAUAACUUUGAUUCUCUAGAGGAGAGGGGCACACUUCCGGCUGUUUUCAGUAGUGCAACCUCUACUCUCCUCUAUCGCCGAGGCCAACGUAAAGGCUGGCCUGUAUAUACACCUGAAACUGAAUCAAGCUACGUGUACCGCACGAAGCCUGCGUAUCCACUUGCGGGAGCCAAAAGAUAUGUCCCGGCUUACUCAGAACAGAUGAAGCGAGAAUCCAUGCGAUCGCAGAGUAUCGAGGUUUUGCGAGGCAUGGUCACAAGCCUCGGUACAUUUCGUCUGGGUGAGCGACACAUCAAGACGAAAGUCGGCGUGCUGGAGCAAGAGAAUGGCGACGAAUACAACAAUAUGUACACCUCUAUGGGUGCCAUACAUACCGCCGCCAUUCCUCCAACAUCACCCACACCAUCUGGUAAACUUCCACUGCCCGUACUCGCUGAUGGUAUUAGCGGUGCGGACAACACAAUCAGCGCACCAUCGUCCCUGUCCACACUUGGCUUGGAUGUUUCGGCAUCUACCGGUUUUAUGGCGCUACCGGUGAGGAAUAAGGGCCGGCCCAAGAAGAAGAAGGGAGCGGCUAAGAAGAAGGUGGCACCGGCGCCCAUGCCAUUUGAUCCUCUGAAUCCUAAUAAGAAGCGAGGCCGAGGUCGGCCAAGAAAGUACCCGUUACCGGGUCCUCCAGUCCCACCUACUGUAACAGUAGUAGACGUAUCCGCCGUACCAUCGACCGAUGCCGCCGUCGCAACCGCAAAGACGGAUGCGCAAAUAGAGGCGCAUACGCGGAAGGAAACAGAAGUAGCUAAUGUGAGUGUGGACGCGAGUGCGGACGCGAGUGUGAAGCCGGUGAAAAAGUCGAAGGACAAGUCUAAACCAGAGCCGAAAGCAAGAGAAGGAUCCGUGGGUGCGGAGUCGGCAAGGUUGGACAUGAGUAGGACCGCGUCGGUGCCUUCAGAUAUCGGGAGAGACAUUGCAAAUCUGGUGAAUUUGCACAAAAAACCUAUGGUCCGACUACCGAGACCAACCUUUUAUCAGGAUGACGAGGAAGGUACUGAGCUAGCUUCGCCAGUGCCUCCAAAGAAUUUGUUUCAACCCAGAUCGCCGCGAUGUUCCUUCUGUUUGGGCGACACAGCUGCAAAUAAGGAUGGUGAGCCUGAAGAAAUGCUUGGAUGUAGUACGUGUACCAAUCAUGGACACCCAUCUUGUCUACAGUUUACCGAUCUGCUAACUGAACGCUGCAAAACGUAUCCCUGGAAAUGCCAAGAAUGCAGAGCUUGCGAAAAAUGUCGGCGGAAAGACAAUGAGGAUCUUCUUCUGUUCUGCGACGGAUGCGACCGUGCCACACACGGAUUUUGUCUGAUACCGAAAAUAACUGAUCCGCCUCCAGGAGACUGGUUCUGCUCACUCUGUCCCGAGUCGAAGAUCCAGGAGAAGCAAUUACGAAUGUCGCUAAAAGCCCAGCAACCAUUACAUACACACACACCGCCAUCGCCAACCACACUGGCACUUCAAUCCCUAUCAAGAGAAGAGUCGCUAUCACCGACGACACAAGCACUACUGUCACCUCCACCGCCGUUAGCGUCCAUAUUGCGGCCGCUGCCUCCAGUUGCAAAUCCUUCUUCACGGAGAACUAGUGAAUUGUCAAUGGUAAAGGUGAUCUCAAAGGUGAUCUCAAACCCGGGAACCAACGGAAACAUGUCGAAUUGA